AUGAAAGCACCGUCCCAGGCACCACCCCUCGCUCCUGCCUAUCGCCUGGGCAACCCCGCCACAGAAGAACCACACGCACAAGCGCCACACACAGGCACCACGGACAAGGCAUUAGCCAAAACCGCUCUCUUGCUUGCUUGCGGUUGCCUCUUGGCGUGCCUUGCUUUUCUUCUUGUCGACAGCAGCAAAAAGGCCACCCAAAUAAGAGCACCCCACUAUUCACAGCAGCACCGCCUUGCCCAGCGCACUUUCCCCCUCCUCCGCUUUAACUCGCCGCUUUUCCUCUUCUUUCCUCUCCUUCAGUUCCCGUCUCUUUUAUUCUUCUUUUCAGUACCUUUUCCCCAACCUGCAUCUUUCUUGUUCAACUCGCAUUUCCAAUUUGUCGUACCUCGAGUCGAUUUUUCUUGGUAUGUCCUGCGACGCUGGGUCGUUCCUCACCCCACCAGCGCAGCGCCCGCCAGCGCCCCUUUUCUCUGCCCCUUUUCUCUCCUCGGUAUCGUCAUCGUCGGUUUCCUUGUCCUUGAAGCUAUCGACAGCCGUUCGUUCCCGCGAUAG